GAUGAAGAAAUGUAGCGAUCGCGCAUGCGUUGCUGCUUGCGACCCUGCCGCGCAUCUCAGUUUAGUACAUUUCGCUCUCCCAGACCCAGUACAACAUCAAAUAUGUCGGAAAUAAAAGAAGAUUUAAUAAGUGACAAUGAUGAAUAUAUCAUAGAUUUAAUACGACGUAAGAAGCUUGCCAUUCCAACGCUGCAAGGGUUGCUUACAAUCUUCAAUAUAUUUUACUGGAUGGUGGGGUUAGCAAUGUUCUGCGGAGGAAUGUGGACGUUGUUCGAACUUCACAAGUACGUGGAUGUGCCGUCAGAUUUUGGCGGAACUGCGCCGUAUCUGAUGUUCGGCCUUGGGGCAUUUACGUUAAUCAUCACCUCUUUCGCCUUCUCCUGCAUCCACAGGAAGCAAACGCUGUUACUUUACAUCUAUUCAGCUUGCUUAGCCUGCGUGCUCAUGAUAAACAUGGGACUGAUGAUAUCGAUGGUCUGCUACCGGGAGGCGUUGUGCAAUGGUCUUUUCGAGGGACUGACGCGCACCAUUCAGAAUUACAAUCCAGAGACGACCAAUAUUGACUUUGCUCAAUCAACGUUCCAGUGCUGUGGUGUUACAAAUUACACGGACUGGAUAAAAUCGUCGCCGACGAAGGUGAUCCCGACGUCCUGCUGUAUCGACCCAACCAACUGCGUCACCGCCAACUACGGCGAUGUAUACAACAAGGGUUGUUACGCCUUGAUAAGGGAAUAUAUAUCGAACAACUUGCCCACUAUAAUUGCUGUUGCGGGGGGCAUGGGCACGUUCCCAUUUUUUGGCAGCUUUCUUGCAUACUUGCUCGGCCGUCACAUCUAUGACCUCAAAAUGUACGCUAAAGGAAAAUAUGCAGCAUAUGUUACCUAAUUCUGCAUAUAGAAUAAAAAUGUCAUUUUUAAACAGUUACUUGUCGCCCUCAAAUUAAAUUUUCAUUGUUAACCUUCUCCUCUAAUCGUCUACUUCAUGACUGAGUCUCGUUAAUUUAAUACAAAUCUAUAGUCUUCUAAACAGUCGUUAUCUUUCAUUUGUAACUAUUUGUAUAGUCAUAUUUUCAUCCCUUUCUUUCGCUUUGAUAAAACAGAGACAAGAAUAUGUAUCAAUAAUUUGUGGGCGACGACUACAAAUGGAUCUAUGUAGUUGUUUAUCUGUAAAGACAUAUUUUAUAUUUCUUUUUUAAAUAUGGUAUUGAGAUUUUCAAAUAUCUUGGCGGCUCGGAACAUCGUACGUGUUGCUGCGCGGACCACAAUGUUUGGUGUAGCGGGACGUGAAGGGAUUCGAGGGGAGAGCACGGCGCAGCACGUUAUAUCUUGAGCUAAUAUAUUUGAAAACACUUAUAUAUAUAUAUAUAUAUUACUAAAUGUUAAACAAUUUUAAUCUCUAGAACAUUUAUGUCCUACUCGUAGUUUAUAGAAUUUUAUUGUUAUAUUGCGUCUGAAGUAUAAAACCAGAUGUUAAUAAAG